CGGCUUCUGCUGCUAAUGCUGUUGGCGCUGCGAAAUUGAGUAUGGGUCUCGCUCGGAUCAGAUCGUCGGACGUAUGUUUGUUGGAGCUCACGAGUGAGCAGAGCUGCAGCUAAGUUCUGGAGCUAUGGCUCAUGAUUCUACCUCAGAUCGGUAGCAGCCGAUGCAGAGAGCUCAGGCCCACUGUAUACUGUCCUAGAAAAUCUACAGCCGAACCCACACCUGACGAGAUGUCGCGAAAUUGUGCUCUAGUCAUGGAGGGGAUGAGCUGCAAGCGCUCGCGAGCUUAGCAGGUGGGGUCAUGCAGAGGUUGAGCAUAUGGUGAUUGGAGAGCAGGAGGAGAAGUCGGGUGGUGCCGGAACAGCAGAAAGGAGUUUCUUAGACCAAGAGGAAAGAGCGAAGGAGUACAGUAGACAGUAGUGGGAGUGGGAGAAGCACCUGCGAGCCCUUCUUCACUGCGAGUCCAGAGAGAGUCCAGUAGGGUGCAGUUGCAGUGCGCUCGUCAUCUUUUCGUUGCUACUUGUCGCACAGCUCCCUGACUGCCUCUCUCCGGAGACCUCGGCUGCCUCGGACUAGCGUGGUGUACUGUUUCCCCGUCCCCUCUAAGUUUGCAGACGUCGUACCGCCUGCCUGCCUCCUUUCCGCCCCAGGACCCGACCUGCUGUGCCUUGCCUGGCUCGGCCUGGUGUACACAAGUUUGUUCUGCUUGCAAGCCCAGUAUCAGUAUGACUCUCCGCUGCCGUUGUUUCCGCUAAUUUUUCGUGGAUCGGAGCUGCGUGAUAGUACAGGAUAACUUUUCGCUCUCCGCCCUCUUUCUACGACACUAUCUUUUCGACUCUGAGGUGGUGGGGCAUACAGUGAUGUUGUAGCAGUCAAGUAGCUCCGAUCGAGCUGGUUCUCAUCUCAUUCAUAUCCGGGUCGCCUGCCGAGAAGCUUGCAGUUUUGGCACCCGAGCAGCUGGCCCUGGGCAAUUUUUUCUUGGUGGGGGACUGCCAUAAUGUGUGCUGUGUGCGUUGCAGCCUCCAAGAGAUUCCCUUGUCGAGUCUAGCAUGAGGGCCGUUUCCCUCCUGCCGUCGUUCCCUGCCGCAUUUCUGAGCCAUUUGUUUUGAAUCUGUUCUCCAGUGUGAGUUUAUGUUUUUCUUUUGAAGGUUCGUUCGUGCCGCUCUUGUUCGUCGUCCGGGCCCAAAAUGCAGUCCUCCAAGGGCCUGAACUCGUGGGACAAGUGCUUGGUUGCCGGCGAUCAUCCUGAGUCUCUUUUAUACAAGGAAAAUGGGCCUCGAAUUAUGAGAUUCGAAAUGGCCCCAACCCCGUUCCGUCCUGAUCUGGCCCCAAUGUCACCUCGCAGUCGAGCGCGCUGCGGGCAUCAUUGUAUUAUGAUAGGAACGGCCGUCUUUCUUCUCCUAGUUCUGAUUUGGAGGUAUUUGCUCUCGUCGUUGCCUGCUGGCGAAGCUGGCUACAGGCAGUACGAGCAGAGGUUCAUUGAUGGAGUCUGCAAUGAAAGUCUCAGCUCGUACCUGAGGGAUCUGACCUCGCAGCCUCAUGUGGCCGGAACGCCUGAGAACUUUGCUACAGCAGAUUACAUCAGGUUUGCAUUUCAGCGUUAUGGAAUUCCAACUCACUACUCUGAUUAUGAAGUGCUCUUGUCCUAUCCGGUGAACCGAUCUCUCGUCCUGAGCCAUCCAGACGGCUUGUUUCUGGAAUUGGAUCUCGACGAAGCGGUGGUGGACGAGGACCCAUACACCAAAAAUCCCAAGGUCAUCCCACCGUUCCACGGCUACUCUCCGUCCGGGAACGUGACGGGCGAAGUCGUGUAUGCGAAUUAUGGCACUUUGGACGAUUUCGACCAGCUUCGCAAGAUGGGCAUCAAAAUCAACGGGUCUAUAAUCCUCGCACGAUCCGGAAAAAUAUACAGAGGUGAUGUGGUGCACUACGCGGCGCAGCGGGGGGCCGUCGCUGUAAUCACCUACUCGGAUCCAGAAGAGUACGCCAACAACAGAACAGAGGGAUACUACCCACAAUCUCCGUGGCUGCCACCGUCGGGAGUGCAACGAGGCACCGUUUUCAGAGGUAUCGGAGAUCCUCUCACGCCCGGCUGGCCCAGCACUCCGGGAGCGCAGCACCUGGACCUGAAAGACGCCAGUCUCCCCACCAUUCCGUCGUUGCCAAUUUCAGCCCAGAACGCGAGGUCCAUCCUGAAGGGGCUGGCCGGUCCGGCCGCGCCCCGCGACUGGCAAGGCGGCCUUGAUUUGAGCGUUUACCGCGUCGGACGAGGACCGGCCAAACUGAAUCUGACAUUUGAGGCCAAGCAAGGUGUAUACCCCAUUCGGAAUGUGAUAGGCAUCAUCGAAGGCUCGGAAGAACCGGACAGAUAUGUCGUCGUGGGCAAUCAUCGCGACGCAUGGGUUUACGGCGCCGUUGAUCCGAGCAGCGGCACCGCUGCACUUCUCGAGAUGGCGGAAGGAUUGAGCGAACUGAAACGUCAAGGAUGGAGGCCGCGAAGGACCAUCGUACUCGCCAGCUGGGAUGCCGAGGAGUAUGGCAUGGUAGGAUCUACCGAAUGGGUGGAGGAAAAUCUGGGCUUGCUCGGAGCCUCUGCGGUUGCGUACAUUAAUGUCGACUGCGCUGCCGCAGGGCCAGGAUUUCGGCCUAAAUCCUCACCCCAGAUGGACGAUCUUCUCCGGGAAAUCACUCGAAUGGUCAAAGAUCCAGACGGAAAGUUCGCCACCGUAUACGACUCUUGGCGAGCCUCUUCUAACGGCGACACGAUCGGUAGGUUGGGCGGUGGAGGUUCGGAUUACGAAGCUUUCCUUCAUCAUGCCGGGGUUCCUGCGAUGGACUUGUCAUUUGGCGACGCAUAUCCGAUGUAUCACUCGGUCUACGAUGACUUCCACUGGAUGGAGAAAUUUGGGGAUCCACUUUUCCACCGUCAUGUAGCAAUUACGUGUAUCUGGGGGCUCGUCACCAUGAGACUUGCUGAUGACGCCGUCCUUCCUCUGGACUACGUAGGCUACGCUCGUGAGCUUCAGGGUUACGUGCAAACCGUCCAAAAGCAACUGCAGACGGCAAAAGCACCGUCCAACGUCACGCUUGCACCACUGCACAGUGCGAUGGGAGGUGCGGUCAAUGCGGCAUACCAGAUUGACAGAGAAUCGAAGGUGUUCAUGGGUACUUACGGAUCAGAAACACACGACCUCUUCUACUUUCUGCUGAGAAGAAGGGCAAUCAACGACAGAUUGAUUCUCUCCGAGCGAGCCCUUUUGGAUCCAGAGGGAGUCCCUGGACGUUCGUGGUACAAGCAUUUGGUGUAUAGUCCGACCGGAAGUGACAGCUAUGACAGUAUCAAUCAUUUUCCCAGCAUUGCGGACGCGUUGGCGAAGGCCACUCUGACCGACACUGAAGACGAUUGGAGAGCUGUCCAACGAGAGAUAUGGCGAGUUUCUCGAGCUAUAACACGUAUGCAGAUGAUUCUAGUGGGCAAAUUGACUCAACCCUAAAUCCACCUUAUUUUUAAGUAGUCAUAAUCUUGGUCGGUAACGACACGCCCAUUGUACUUUAUACAGUGUUGUAGGUAUAGUGAGAAUUUUAGAAGCAAGCAUACGGAAAUCCGAAUCAGCUUUUACAUUCAAUGAGUUUUUCUGUACAGCCCGAGAAGUGAACAUACGAACUUGCCCUUGAAUCUUGGGCACUUCAAGAGAUGGUCAACUGUAUACAAAAGGAUACAAAAUACAAAAUUUCAGAGUUUGCAGUUUGAGAGCAAAUUUUUUCCCGUCUGCGUUUUGCCAAUAUAUAUUGCUGUCGACGUGCCUUACGUCUUACCUAUGGGUAAAAGAUUCGCUUUGCUGUGCCAAUCUUUACCUCCAAGUGAAUUGGAGAAAAUCACACAUUUGUGCUCUGUCCGUGAGUGGAAUAAAGUGU